ACAUUCAAAUACUUUCUCCCUCCAAAUUAAGGAAAGAAAGAAAAAAGAACUCAAAAUCCAUAUGGAUUCAACAAAGAGCAGUGGUGAAACAGCCAUCAACGUCCCUGAAGAGCCCAGUUCAACGAAAGCCAAAAGCGAAGAGCCCAGUUCAACGAAAGCCAAAAGCGGCCGCGUGGCUUAUACCGCCACCACUAAGGCAACUCCACUCCCUCAGCCUCAGGGGAGGUGGAAGAGAGGCGUAUCCAUCUUCGACUUUAUUCUUAGAAUCUGCGCUCUUGUUGCUGCUUUGGCUGCCACAGCCACCAUGGGAACCACUGAUCAAACUCUUCCUUUCUUCACUCAAUUCUUCCAGUUUCAAGCCAGCUACGAUGACCUCCCUACUUUCACAUUCUUUGUGGUGGCCAAUGCUAUUGCCAGUGGCUACUUAGUCCUAUCACUACCUUUCUCCAUCGUCGCCAUUGUCCGCCCACAUGCCGUCGGACUCAAGCUUCUCCUCCUCAUCCUCGACGCAGUAAUGAUGGCUUUCGCAGUCGUGGCUUCCUUCAUUGCGGCGGCCAUCUUCAUAUUCUUGGUUGUGCUCUCCGCCGUGGCCCUUCGCCGGAAUUAGUCAUGCACUUCAUAAAUUUGCAUUUAUAUAUAAAGAAAAUGUGGUUAUGAAUUUACUAUAAAGAGUGUGGUUGCAGUUUGACGUUUUAGUGCUACAUUUUCAACUUUUGGUGGAAGGUUUAUGAUGUAAUUUGGAUUGUUUUCAUGGUUUGAAUUAAAUUUUCAGUAUAUGGAUCUUUGUGUA